ACUGAUAGCAUAAUUGUUUUCGUAAAUUAUCAACGCAGUACAGUUUCAGUUGUCGCACCACUCAAACAUGGAUCACAUCAUUCAUUCAUUAAAAACAAUUUCCAUUGUCCUGGUCUUCCUCCUCGGCAUGGGAGGCAGUGUUUUAUCGGAAAAGUAUGAAAAAACAUCGAAAUGCAUUUACACAACGGUUGAGGGUGUAGAAACGUUCGAAUUCGUUUGUGAUCCGAACAAAGCAUUCAGAGAUUAUUUCAAAGAUUUCUCUGCGAUAGCGUGCGAAAGUGAAUACGGUUACUUGUUCUACAAGGAGCGCCGACAUCAAAUUCAAUUCAGAAACUGUUAUCGGAAAGAACUUCCUAUAAUUUUUACGUGGUACAAAGCGUGUCGUUUGUUAAAUGUCUCCUCGUUGGGUCUGGAAUCAUUGCGCAGUAAAGAUUUCGAACAAGCAACGAAUCUAUUAACAUUGAUCGCAUCACAUAAUCAACUCAUCGAUAUACCAUCGUCGUUGUUUUACGGAGCGAAAAAAUUAAGCGUUGUGGACAUGUCGUACAAUAGCAUCAGCCAGAUCGAUCCGUUGGCAUUCAACUCUAACAGUAAAAUGACUUUGUUGAACCUUUCCCACAAUUUGAUUGUGGAAAUUGACAAUCGAACUUUUACACCUUUAACUGGAUUAGAAGUCUUGGAUUUGAGUUGGAAUCGGGUGGCAAACAUUUCAACGGGACUGUUUGACGAACUCGUACAGUUGGGGGAACUGAAACUGGGCAACAAUCGGCUGAAACAACUGGAAUGUUCAGUUUUCACUUAUUUGACGAAUUUGAAAAUGUUGGACCUGAACCAAAAUCAAUUAACGGUUUUCGAUGCAAACUGCGUCCAAAGUGCGACGUCUUUUGUUUUACUGAUCGAGGAAAACGAAUUGGGUUCUUUGUCAUUGACUGGAAAUGUGAGCGAAAUAAAUGUAUCAGCGAACAAGAUCUCCAAGAUCAAUAUUGACGGCGACCUGGACAACAUGACCGUUUUUAACACAUCGAAAAAUAAUAUCGAAAAUAUUGUGGAUGUGAUAAAACUACUGAAUUCGUCGCUAAGAAUUCUGGACGUUUCGGACAGUAAAAUUGGUAAAUUGAACAUAACUACGUUCGAAAAGUUCGAUAACCUGGAACGCUUAUCACUACGAAACACCAAACUAUCGAACAUACAAUACGGUACCUUCCAUCACCAGCAGAAGCUACGCUUACUGGAUUUGUCAGGCAAUGAUCUGAAGAAAAUCAACUUCGAAAUGCUUCACUGGAAUUCGGCAAAUUUGGAAGAGUUCCAUUUGGAUGGUAACAAUUUGGAUGACUUAAGCAAUUUAACAUCAGCCAUGUACCCGUCCUUGCAGUAUGUGAGCAUCGACGGCAAUAAGUUUGACUGCGAUGACUUAUCAGGAAUCCAACGGCAUUGGAAACGAGAUGGAAUCUCUGUCGUUGUUAAUCCAUACAUAAUAUCAGAAGUUCGGACAACCGAUACGCACGUCAAUGGCAUCACCUGCUACCACAAUUUAGAGGCCUCGAAAUUUCUGAUCGUUGAUGACGACAAUGUGGAAAGUGCAGAAAUUGUUUUGCCUGCAACCAGCACUAACAAUUUUGAAGCAAUUUCCAUGGGGAAAGUAGAAUCUCUUUUAAUUUGCAUUUUCCUUGUGCUCGUGUGUUUACUGGCAAUCAGUGUUAUUAAGAAUGUUGUUCCGAUAUUCCAGAGAAAUAUUGAAGUGCGAGACGAAAGAUCAACAUUAGAGGAGAUGUCGCUAAUUUAAAUAAUUAAUAAAAAUGUUGAUGUUUGAGCCAUGAGAAAA